ACUCGACUCCGAGAACCGGUCACAUUCGAGGCCAGGACUGGGGUGACUUCUGGGCUCUACUUGUGCUUGUGUAGCCGAGGUCGGCUGAAACCAAAUAGUCGAGCCUCGAAAGGUGGAAACUCUUCCAGAAAUUCGACCUUCGAGAGGCAGCAAGCGCGGACAAUUGCUUCAAUUCCUCGUCUGCCACGCGAUCAAGCCAAGAGACCGUUGGAGUCCAUGAAACAAGUAACGAGGCCCGAAGAAGGCCAGGCAACUCGUCAACUGGACGGUCUUGGCUGA